AUGCCCGCCCAGGGGCCAGCCCUGGCUCCAUUAUGCUGGUGCACCCGUGCCUCCCACACUAACUUCCCCGAAGUUUAUCCCCCUCGUUUUGAAGUUUCAUCCACCUACUUACUCUCUCUAUCUUUACACCACACAAUGGGCUUUAUGGACUCCGUCAAGGCGUUCUUGCACUCGGUUACUACCGAGGAUCAUUAUGCGCUGUAUGGUUCUCCCUACGCCCACAGCACUGCAGGAACCACCGUUUUGAAUCCUCUCAACGAUUCACAAAGCAAUUCGCUCGCCAACUCUAGAAACGGUAGUUCGACCAACAUUGGCGGCUACCGGCCCGGCAUGCGCUCUUCCUCCACCAAUAUCAAUAUGAUCGGAGGCAAUGGCAGCUCUACCACCAUUCAUGAAAUGCUGAACAUGAGUUCCACAGGCCAGGUUCCAAUUCCAAGCGUGGACUCGUUGUGGGCCCGUUUGGAGCGUUUUCUCGAGAAUGAGUACCCCGAACUCGAGGAUGCUCUCAAUUCUGGUGUUCUGACAGCCGACUUGAACGAGUUCGAGAAGGACUUGGCUGCAGGGCAGUUGUCUGUUGAGAUCCGUCAAUUCUACAAGCGUCACGAUGGCCAAUUCCGUGGUUCCAAGCCUACUGGUAUCAUUAUGGGUAUGCCCCUCUUGGACAUGGAAGGUAUCAUGGAAGAAUACACUCUAUGGUCCAAGGUGGCUGAGCGUGUAGAGAAAGAGUACAUGACAUUGAAGCACCAGCAGGCUCAACUCGAGCGUGCUGCUGCCGAUGCUUCUGGAGCCUCUUCCUCGGCCGGUCUGUCAGUUGACCCUGCUUUGUCUGAAAGAAUUGCUAAUAACUACCUCUUGCACCAAAAGUCUGUGCCUCUAGAUGCGGUCCAGCUGGCCUACGUCCACCGUGGAUGGAUCCCCAUCUCGAAAGACCUGGCUGGAAAUGUUUUGGCCAUUGAUUUGGCUCCAGGAAAUGCGGGCGUUCGUGGCCAGAUAAUAUUGUUUGGUCGUGACUUUGACACGAAGGUUGUGGUCGCUUCGAGCUUACAGGAGCUUUUAUUUAUGCUCGUGACAGACCUCGAGGCUGGCAAGUAUCAGAUUGAUAAGAGCGAGUCUUAUGAAGAUGACGGAUACUUAGACAGUUCCCGCGUUGACGAUUACAUGAUUGGUGACGAGGAUGAGGACAACGGUGAGCUCAUGUUUUUCGAUAGAGAUGGCACGGAAUUUGCCGGUCUCAAAGGCAAGAUUUCUUACUUCGAGGUGUUGAAGCGCCGUGCUUUGAAAAGACAUGGCGUCGCCCAUGCUGACCACUUCCAGACUGCUUUCACUCCAAGAUUCAUCCCCAAACGUAAGCCUGCGCAAGCAGCUGCUGCCGCCGCCUCACCUGAUGUGACCAAAGACGGUGGAAAGCUCUCCAGAGAAGGCAGCGCCACAGACUUACUAAAAGAGACGUUGAUUGACAGUACCCCUUCAAAAAAAGUUCCUACCGCAGGACCUCUGAAACUUCGGAACGUGCAGCUGAACGAGGAACCAGCAACUCCAGAUACGACGAAUCAACUUUCGAACAGUCUGGGGGCCGCCGUAGACGAAACCGUCCCAAAUCUGUCGGAUGAGCCAAAGGAGGUUGCUCUGGCAGAGCAGCCCGAGGAGGAAGCUGUUCAAGAGGAGCCCAAGAAGGAGGCUCCUGUGGACAAAACUGAAGCACUUGUAGCUGAACCCUGA